UUUGUUUUCGAUAUUCAGGAAACAAGUGUCGGGUUGCUUUUGUUGUGGCGAUACUCACGCCAGUGUAAGAUAACUUUAAGGGCAUAUUUUAUUCCUUUUAUCCGACGGUAAAUUGAGCGAACGCAAAGUCCGACAUUAAGCCGAAGCGGAACCGUUGACAUACAAUCAAGGGGGCGGUGGGAUUUACCGAGGAAUACAGGAAACGACAGGGAAUAUCGAGUUUCCUCACAAAAAAUACAGUAUUAUCAUUAUCUUAUAUCAAAUUAUUGAGCUAGUUAACGAAUAAUCAUAAUACUUACCCGCUUCGGAUUAUUUGGUAAUAAGCAAAUCAACAAAUAUGCUGAUUAAAGUGAAGACACUCACAGGCAAAGAGAUAGAGAUUGACAUAGAGCCCACAGAUAAGGUGGAGCGGAUCAAAGAAAGGGUGGAGGAGAAAGAAGGGAUCCCCCCGCAGCAGCAGAGGUUGAUCUACAGUGGGAAACAGAUGAACGAUGAGAAAACAGCAGCAGACUACAAAAUCCAAGGAGGCUCUGUUCUCCAUCUGGUGCUCGCCCUGCGAGGAGGACAGGCGCUGCGCUCUCCCAGAAGCCCAUACUCCAAGCCUGCGUUGUAGCAGACACUUGGAAACAUGCCUUAGCCUUUUGCAAUGCCUACACCAAGCGGAUGCAGCGAAGACACUUGGCCACCAGUUGUGGAGUCACCAGUGGCAUUGUAAGCAACACAGAGCCGUUGAUAGGAAGAGUUAGAUCAGGUUCUACUUGUGGCAGCCACUUCACCUGCAGCCAGAAAUGUGUUGGCUGCAAACACUUCCCCCACCUGAAACAAUGCCAUGGUGAGACACUCCACAUGUUAAAAGCUGCCCUGGCCAAUAAGGCAAAGUUACUUUCAGAAUGAAACAAAGCUUUGGCUAAAGAUUUAUAAUCCAGAGCUAAUUUGGCUGCUUCUGAAAACUGCACUGUUCAGUUUUCAAUCACUUUCUGUCUCUUUCUGUGGCUCUGCAUGUAAGAAUCUAUCUUCGUUACAGAGAUAAUUGUAGCGUGAAGAUGCUUCAUGGAAGCUCAUCCCUGGAUUACAGUCUUUGCCUUCAGAGUUUAAGGGUUUACUUUUUCUGCCUCUUUCAUGUUUUAUUCAGUUAUCAGAGGCUAAUGGGUGUAUCAGUAUAUCAAAGGUCACUUGUGAAGCAUCCAUUGCAAACCACACAUUUGUUACAUUUGCACGCACUUACCCAUUAUAUCAGCAUUUCUAAAGUGAGGUGGUAUAUGAGCUGACUUUGUCAUCAGGAAGUUGAGGGGAUGAUAAAUAGCGUGAUGCUAAGACAGGACGCUUUCCAAGCUGCAGAUCACUGUUUGUGCUUAACAAUGAACAAAACUGGUUGGGAUUUAGUGAGUCAUUGCUGUUUUUCCAGCAUUUUUUUAGGCACUAAGUGACGGUGUUUUGUAGCAACGUGUUGUUGUUUUUCCAGCUUGGAUUGUGCUCCUAAAACAUACUAUUUUAAGCCAAAACAUGAUCUUUUCCGAACCACAAGGGAGUGAUUUUUGUGCCUAAACAUAACCUAAUGUUAACCACAGUGUUGUUGAAUCACAAAGUUAUCCCCUACAUAAUAACGUGCAAAUGUAACACAGCUGUGGUCAGCAUAAAUGUCGACUUUUUUUUUUUUUCUGACGAUAGGGUUGUAGAUGGACAACAGCGCAGUUAAAGGAAUAGUUUGACAUUUUAGGAAAUACAUGACUUUUUGACUGGAAGUUAGAAGAGAAUAAGCGAAAAUGUUGCUGUGUGUGUAGGAAAACUUCCCGCCACAACUUCUAAAUCAUGUUCACAGUUUGCUUUACACCUGCUUCAUAAGUAGAGUGCCCAUUCAGCAGAAUAAUGGUCUGUAAUUGUAUUAGAAUUUAGUUUAGAGCAAUUUGAGCGCAUUUUACUUUUGCAAGAAGACAAGAAACAUGGCAGCCACGGUGUAAUCUGACAUUGGCCUCAGUGUAUAUGGAUAUUGAUGUUAAGUUUUGUUUGUGUGUUCAGAGACGUAAGCCCGCCCCAUUUUAGUGUGUACAGAAUCAUGUGACAUGGACCUACGCUGUCUGUAGAAUAAACUUAAGUUUAAAAAUGCCA